CAAAAUGAUCAUAAGAAGACAGCAGUAGGUGUUUCUCCUCUUGUGUAUCUAAAACUAUUUUUAUCCGUCUGCUCUAGGGAAGCCUUGGAGGGGACAAUAUCAGGCUUUCAGGAGGGAACCAAAUAUUUUGACUUUGGAUUUUCAUCACAAAAAGGGAUUCAGCAUGGAAAAUGUACCAAACCCCAAAAGGACUGUCACUGUCCAGAUGAUGCCGCAGCUCACUAAUAUAGAUGUGCUGGGAAAUAAAGAGUUAAACGCUAACUGGGACAUUGAGCCAAAGUUAACCUUAAAUCUGGAUUGUUCCUCUGGCCGAAAAACUAAACCAGAUCAGGAUAAUAUGCACCUCAAGUCCUCCCUCAAAGAUUCCCACACCACUCUUCUUGGAGGAACUGUCCUUGAAGACAAAAACAUGUCAUCCCGUGACAGCGAAGAUCACAAGCAACCUCAAAACAGUCACACAAACAUGAAGACGACAGGUCAGAGUGCCAGGAACGCAGAAGGAAGAAAAACUGAACGUGACUCGAAUUUGAAGACUGUCCUUUCAACAUCUGGCCCAUCGUCUACAGCUACACAUAGCAAGGAGAAAAAUGGCAAUAGCACAACAAAGACACUUGAAAACGAACUACAUGAGUCCAAAGCACAGUGCAAAGCAUCAGCAGUUGAUGAAACUAAUGCAAUCAAAGAGACACUUCACAAUCAAAUAUCACGCCGGGCUCUGGCUUCCCUUCAGAAGGAUUCAACUCCCAGCGCCAACAACACAAUCAAAGAUAUGCCAGUUUUAUCCCAAACAAAAGAUGCAGGUUGCACCACCAGCAGUAGCCCGUCUGAACUGGUUUCCACCACCAGUGCUCCUAAAACCAAUCACUCUCAAGUUGCAACAACCGAAACAUCUCUUCCAGCACCUGGGACGAGUAUUAAGACCCCACAACUACACGAGACCCAUCAUACACCCACUAAAGAGGACAAAUGUAGCAAUGAUUUCAAGGAUUUUAAACCAACAGGAACCUCUCAAGAUAUUUCUUCUGGACAUCCAAUGGAGACUUCAACUAGCAAUGCAAGUCACAUGGAAGUGAUUGAUGAAGAGGUCCAAACACAAGGAGCUUCUCCUGAAGAGCAGAUGCCGGUCCACUGCAAACUCUAUCGAGAGGCAUCUACCAUGACUUCAGCCAUUGAGUUAGGCAACCGACCCAGCAUGCAACGGCAUGACGCAGAGGUGCAGGCGGUGGCUACAGUCUGCAGUCAAUCUACAGCUACUAGCCCUAGUCUUCUAUCUCUACAACCCCAUCGGAGAUCAGUUGGCCUGCUACCUGAGGAGACCGACAGUAUAGCAGUGGUCGUUGAGGUGAAGACCACCUCAGUGAAUAAUUGCAACACACCAUCUGUUGUUUCAUCCAGUACAAAGCCUCCACAGUCUGGCACAGUGAUGGUGCAUGUAGAUGCUGACCUUCAGGAAGAGUCCAAGCUUGGGGCCAAGCCUAAAGAGCCUCUACACAACAGCCAAAGAGGAUUUUCGCCGCUUCAACCGGUUUAUCAGAUCAAUGUGGAGACAUGCAGCCAAACCAAGCAAUCAAACGAGACUACGAGCCAAGGUUCACCUGCAUCUGGUCCUCAUAAUGUGUCAUGUCUGCAGGAACCCAUCGCUGCAUCUAAUCAGGCUUUCAAAGAUCUGCAAGAAAAAUCGGCCAAGCCUCCUGCGUCUAAAUCCGAGAUGCCUAAGGAGGCAGGAUCUGCAAAACCUCCAAAGGACAUCACAAUAGCUACUCCUCCAACAUCAAGCUCCACACCACAGAGCAAAAAGACAGACCGGCAACAGCAGGGAGCAUCCAAGCUGGACCCUGAGAAAGACGACCAAGAGGCCAAGCAGUCGAGGAACAGCGUGCAUGAUGUCGUGUGGGACGAGCAGGGUAUGACUUGGGAGGUAUAUGGAGCAUCGGUAGAUCCCGAGUCACUGGGUUUUGCCAUUCAAAGUCACCUGCAGUGUAAAAUCAAGGAGCACGAGAAGAUAAUCGCCCGGACGGUUCUCAGAAAAUCCUUGUCUUCGCCUCCCGGCAAGAAAAACAAGAGAAGGCAGGUUAACAUCAACUUCAGGUCUAUGUUUCAAAAUGUUCGCCGACCCAAUUGUUGCGCGCGCCCGUCAGUGCUAGAAUGAAAGACAUUUGGUUGUCAUUGACGAAAUCUUCCAUGAGACUGUG